UCAAACUAUUUUGGGAGUUUCGGAUUUCAGCACGCAAAUAAGGAAAAGUGGACGUGUGUAAAUAUGGAGUCAUAGCAUAUAACUGAAAUACACAAUCUAAGCCGUAAACAUGGAAGGGAAAGUAAUUGGCCCUGGUCCGUACCGAGCUACAAAACUGUGGAAUGAAACAAUUAAGCUGUUUCGUGCUGGCAUGCCAUUGAGGAAGCAUCGGGUUCAUUUCCGUACCUAUGAAGGCUGUUUCACUGCUUCCGAAGCUGUGGACUGGCUACACGAGCUCCUUAAAAGUAACCAGAACUUUGGCCCCGAGGUCACCCGUACUCAGACUGUACAACUGCUAAAGAAAUACUUGAAAAAUCAUGUGAUAGAGGACAUAAAGGGAAGGUGGGGCAAAGAAGACUUUGAGGACAAUGGACAAUUGUACAGGUUUCCUCCAUCAUCCCCACUAAAGCCAUAUCCUAAAAGGCCCCAGUACACUGAAAAGAAUUGUAUUCCCAAAUUUCCGAAAUGGGAUGAUUAUGAACCAGUGUCUUCACAAGAUAAUCCAAUGAGGCCACUUGUUCUGAAUUCAGAGUCGUGGAACAAGCGGCACAGCAUUGCGAUUGGAGAGGUGCAUGAGUGCAAGCUUGUACACAGGAGAGAAAUCUCACCAAGGAACGUGGAGCACGUUUGGAAAUCAAUGACUCUUGCACAUUUACAGAAGAUAGUGGGACUGGAAUCCCUUCAUGGAGUGCUGGACUCAAAACUGAUGAACCCCAAGCAUAUACUUUACAAUGUGUACAAUACCAAUAAGCAAGGAGUUGUGGUUCUGCAAGACAAAUCUGAAGACCUUCCUCAUUGGGUUUUAUCUGCCAUGAAAUGCUUGGCAAACUGGCCUAAUGGUAGUGAGCUUAAACAGCCGAUGUAUCCUGGGUUUGAGAGAGACGUCUUGAAAACAGUAACAGAUUACUUCCACAAACUGAAAGAGCCCUUGCUCACUUUUCAGCUCUAUGAUAUUUUCAUCAAUGUCCUUGGCCUUCUGCAGAAGCAGCAAAUUGCAACCGAAGCCCUUCAGGUUUGCUGUCUUCUCCUGCCUCCAGCGAACAGGAGAAAGCUGCAGUUACUGAUGAGACUGAUGGCACGGAUUUGUCAGAAUACUCAGAUCCCACCACUCAAUGAUGCCAUUGGGACCAGAACCCUGAUGGUUCAGACCUUUUCUCGUAGUAUCUUGUGUUCAGCGGAUGAGGUUGACUUGGAUGAACUUCUGGCCACUAAGCUGGUAACAUUUAUGAUGGACAAUUAUGAUGACAUCCUGCAGGUUCCUAAUCGGCUUAAGAGUGCAGUUGAGGAGCAUUUAGCCCACAUGCGAAGAGUUCAGAUAAAGUAUGCUGGAGCUGAUGCAGAUGCCACUCUUGUGUCUCAGUCCUACUGCAAACAGAUCAGCAAAGAAGAGUUUGAUGAGCAAAGAGCCAGCAGCUCGCUGGCUCCAAUGGCGGAAUUGCUGGAAGGGAUUAUUAAGGAUAAAGAACUGUCUGUCAAAGACAAAAAGAAGAAACUUAAACAGUUUCAGAAGUCUUAUCCUGAAGUCUACAAGAAGCGACUUCCCACAGUGGAAAGUGAGGCAGCUCUGUUUCCAGAAAAACCUACGUUUAAACCUCAGCUGAUGUUUUUCACUCUGAAGAAACCAUUCCAGCCAUUUCAAAGAACCAAGAGCUUCCGGACGUGAGAUUCAGCUUUGGUUGCAAAUUUCAAUUUGUCAAACUUUUAUUGCUGUAAGUCAUUUCACCAAGAUGUAACUACUGAAAGAAAUCCUGAGUUGUUGUAUUUUUUUUUUUUUCACUCUCCAGAAUAAAUUACAAAGCUAAAAGUGCUGUACAUCUAAACGCUAAACUUGGUCUUUUAAAAUCUCUUUACUGAAUACCUUCUCUGGGCUGUCUCCUAAGCAGUCCAGCAUAAAGAAUAUACAUCCAAACAAGCUUUUUUAUUUUGAUUAAACUGUCACCAAGUUGUGUUGUACACUUCAAAAUCUGGACUGCAAUACACUAUCAAACUAUUAACAAGAAUUAAUUUGUAGGAGAGGGAAAUGUUACAAGUCCCAAAAUAAACUAGGAUUGUUCUGCUGCAUAAAGUGUUUACAAGGAAUAUUUAUAGGCCAUGUUAGCGUACUACUAACAUUUCACCUGUACACAAUAUAUGCUUAUUUAGUCUAGGGUGGGUUUUUUUUCAGUUGUCUGUUAAAUAAUGAUUAAUGUACAUUUCUUGUACCCAGAACAUGGCAUUCAUGUACAUUUCUUUAAACUAGUUCAUGCCAAUAAGAUGUAGAUACUUGAAAAUUAUUAUUUUUACACCGGAAUAAUCACUGUACUAUUUAGUGCAUUAAAUAAAUGUUUGUGAAAUAAUUUUUAUCUGUUACAUUUGGUCAGUGCUUCACAGAGCAGCAGGUUGGUAUUAAAACAAUUCUAUGUCUUGUGUUUGACCAGGUACUGUAAUUAAACCUAACUGGAGGGAUGUGUCAUUCUAUGGAACUUUAACAACAGAAUACAGAUGUACAUCUGAGUGCAUUUUUUGGUAUUGAUUGAUGUGUGUUCGGUUUAUGCAGGUACAAGGAUAUUUAAAUGUGUGUUAAUAAGUUGUUACAUUUCAGUUAAGUAGGACAUGUUUGUGUCGAUACUGUAAUUCAAGGUCUUGCUGACUGUAGUGAUUCCUUUAUUGUAUGUAUUUGUAUUUCCCACUGUGCAAUUCCCUUUCCUGUCGGCUGCCAGUUUUAAGUGUUAAUCUUUGGAGCACAAGUUUGUGUUUUUAAGUUUUAAAUACAUAACUGCCAUGGUAGUCUUUUAAAAGUAUCUCUGCAUGUGUAUCUUGUGUGGUGCCCCGUCUAAAAAUGUAAGUCAUUGAACACCAUGUCAGACAAAGUGUUUCAUUUUUUAAAUGUUGACAAUUCAGCAAGACAGUGACUAUUCUUUCAACCUUUUGGUGUCUGUAAAUACACACUGUAAGAACCACAGUCAAACAUUUUCAAUCUAAUUGACCAAUAAAAGACACAUGU